UUAUUACGUCGCCAUUUUGUUAGCGAGGGGAAAAUGUGUAGUGCUUGUUGAGACUGGAAAUACGCAUUCAAUCUGGACGCAGUUGGACAAAAUUCCAAAGCAAAAUACGAUCAGUUAAUUGUACAUCCUGAAAAAGACUUCAGUGAAACACAACCUAUCCGGUAUCUUUCCCUUAUUUCAUCAUAAAUUUAACUCCUCUCUAUCUGUGACUCCCAAAGUCCUUGUACUAAAAGGUGCAAGGUUGAUAUAUUCCAUACCACAUUGAGAAACAUGGAUAGGCGAUGGACUGAUGAAGAGCAACGAUAAAUGCAUAGACAAAAUUCGGGCCAAAAAUUUUGUCUAACUCGAUAAACAAAUAUCAGAACGGAUAAAAAUAGGCCGAAGAAGGUAUUGUAGUAAAGUAUGCAUAAAUUAUGCAAAUGUGUAAGCCAUUUUGAAUAAUUUUAUUAAUGCGCAGUGGGAAACUUUGCAAUGAACAAGAACGAACGUGUACAGAACAAAGUCGAUGUAGGAUGAAAUAUACAUGAUUCAUAUGCAACUGGAAUAUAUAGACACUGAACUGGCAUUCAAAUACCAUACAAGACAAAGUAUAUUUUAUUUAUUUUAAAAAUCUAGUCUGUAUGAAUUUUAUCCAGCUUAGCAAACCGAAGAGUAAAUCUAAACCAUGUAAAUCUUGAAUGAUGACCGAAUUGAUGGAGCAAGAGGAUGAAUAUGGAGGGGGGACAACUGAUGAGUAUGAUCCUGAGGAGGACACGCAGAAAGGGGAAAUCCCUGAGGAUGGGGAGCAAGCUGAAGCCAUUCUAGAGGAGGGUCAGGAAGAAGGAGAAGAAGAAGAGGAGGAGGAAGUGGAACCGGACAGGGGAAAACACAAGCGGAAACGUUAUAGGGGCAGCCAGGAGGACUAUGAAGAAAAUCAUAGAAGAAGAGGACAUAGAUCAUAUGAUCCUGACUACAAAAAAUUUAAGAGGUUGGGAAGUGAUCGUUCUGAGAGUGAGCAGGAUAGGCAGCAUUAUCAAGGAGGAGACUACUCCGAUCAAGACGACGGUUUUAGGGAUAAUGACCGAAGACGACAUCGUCGGUCAGAAGAUAGGGAUCACAGGGGAAAACAUAGGAGACAUGGUAAACAUCGGAAAGAGAAAUCUAGGAGCAAGACGCGGCUCGAUGACUCCCGCAGCAGUCAAGACAUGGAGGCUGAGGACGGAGAAAUUCUGGAGGAUGGGGAAAUUGAAGAGGAAGGAGAAGAAGUUAGUGAUUAUGGAGAGGAAAACCAAAGAAACAAAACAGAUCACCAAAGUAGCAGGAGAAAGCAUGACCGAGAUGGAGGUAAAUCAGGAGAUAACAGGAGAGAUGAGGAUUAUCAGGAGAAUGAUUACGAGGAUGGAGGGAGUGACCAGGACAUGGGGCACCCAAGGGAUAGGCAUGACAAAAGAAGAUCUCAUCCACGUGGAGAUCGACAUAGCAGGGAUCGAGAUCGGCGUGACCGCAGAGGAAGGAGAGAUGACAAGCAACAAAGGAACAAAGGGAAAAGAUCCUCAAAAUAUCAUGACUAUGACAAUGUUGAUGAUGAAAACCAGCAGGGAUGGAUGUCUCAUAAAAAGAAUUCCUCCGGCUCCCACAAACAUAAUUACGACACUCAGAACUAUGGAGGAGAUAAGCGUGGGGAUAGAUAUGGCAGUCCCCCUGGUCCCUACGACAGUCCAUCAGAUGAAGAUGAAGAAUAUGAUGGCCAUCGGGAUCGAUCCAAAAAGAACAAAAGCAUGCUAAGCAUGAUUGGAGAAAAUAUGUUGGAUCCUAAUAUUGCUGCAGAAGAGGGCCAGGAAAUUUACAAGAAACCACAACCAAAGAAAAAAAGAAAUUUUGAAAGAGAUGGAAGAGGAGGCCAUAAUAAUCAUGAGAGGGGAAACAAUAAGAGGAAAAUGCAAUCUCGAGAUCAUCCUGAUCUGCCUAAGAAAAAGCCCUUACUGAAGACCCCAAUGGAGGAACGACCCAUAUGUAGAUUUUACAAAGAGGGAAAGUGUCAAAAGGGUUAUGAUUGUCCAUUUAAUCAUGAGAAGAUGCAAAAGAAACCAGAAUUGUGCAAAUAUUAUUUGAAUUCCUAUUGCUCCAAAGAAGAAAAUUGCAUUUUUAUGCAUAGUGAAUUUCCUUGCAAAUUCUAUCAUACUGGUCAAGAAUGCUAUGGUGGAGACAACUGCAAAUUUUCCCAUGAUCCUUUAACAGAUGAAACUAGGCAUCUCAUUGAAAAGAGAUACAACAAUCAUGACAAUGAUGCUGAGUUUGAGGAAGACAGACAAAGGAACAAAAAUCGACCAAGUUUAUUAGGUUCCCCACCAAGGCACCUGCUUGUAGACCCUGCAGUUCAGGAAAGGAUCAAGAAAAUUCCAUCCAUUUUUGAUAUAGAAACACACCCACCAAAUCAAAGUCCCAGCAAACCAGGAGGGCCUGGGGGUCCACCUAACAUGAUGCACCCUCCCCACAUGCAGCCUCCAAGGCCAGGAUUUUACAAUGAAAUGAAUAUGAAUCGUAUGCAGGGCCCAGGGCCACAAAUGAACCAUGGUCCUAUGGGGCCAAUGGGUCCUAUGGGGCCAAUGAACCAAGGACCAAUGAUGGGUCCUAGAGGGCCAAUGAAUCAAGGUCAUCCCAUGGGACCACCAGUUUCCAUGCCAGGACCAAUGAUGGGCCCACCCAGGAUGAUGAAUCAGAUGAAUCCAGCUAUGAAUCCAGCAGUGGCAUUAGUCGGGGCAUUAUUGCAGCAUGCAGCAGGUGUGAGACAACCUAAUGUCAGUACCGGAGGGCCAAUGCCUAAUCAGCCCAUAGGAAAUUUCCCUGGCCCAGGGGACCAUGCUGAAGGACCUUUUUCUGGACAUUCAGAGCAACCUCCCCAUUUCCAUGGUUCAAAUAACCAAGGCCCAGAUUCACAUCCUGGAGAGAAUACAGAUGGACAUAAUCAAAUACUCCAAGGCAGCAAUAGAGAUCUAGAUGGAGAUGAUGAUAAAAGAGAAGAAAAAUAUAAGGAAACCGAUCCAAACAAAGAAAAGCUAGCAAUGCUUGGAAUUGAAACUGAUGAUUACUUGACAUCCAAUCAGAGAGAACUGUUUCAGAGAAUCAACAAGACUACUGAAGGAAAAGAUGAAAGUAAAGAAAACAAGGAAAUGAAUUCCAAGCCUGUUAUUGGCACAGACAGUGAUUCCAAAGAUAAAGUGGAAGAUGACAACUGGUACUCAAGUGACGAAGAGGAUCAAAAGGACUCCAAAAAGCUUACUGAUGUACUCAAAAACAUAAAAUCUUCCACCCCUCUUAGCCCUCAGAUGUCGAAUCCCCCAUCUUCCACGCCCAGCACAAUGAACAUAAUGCAGAUGAUUAAUGCUAUCAAAACAAGUAGCUCUGGUGCUACGUCACCACCCAUCAGCUCCACCAGUUCCGUACAAAGAGAUCCUCGGAAACGACAUGACCCAAGGUCAGCUGGAAAAUCUGGGGACAAAUCCACCCCUCCCAUCAUUCCCAUAGAAUCUCAAGACUCUCCAUUUGAACACCCACCUCCUGUGUUUAUUACAUCCAGUGAAGGUGAUGUGGUUUGGAAUGUCAUACCAGUGACAGUGGACAAUUCCUCCAAGACACCACCUUCAGGUGUCAAUCUUUUUGAUCCAAAGUACAAAAAUGAUCCAAGGAUUCAAAAAAUGUUGAAACAUGCAGAGGCCACCAAAAGCCAGAGUGUCGAGAACAAGACUGAUGGACAGAAACAGGUUGAUCCACGUACUGGUCAGCCAGUAAAAUCUGGGCCCCCUCAAGGGGACCCUCGUUUGAAAGCUGGGAGUGAUUCUGGAAAAGCAUGGGAUCCACGGCUUGGACGAACGAAUUCUGAUUCAGGUGCUCGUGCUAGUGACCCAAGGUUACUGCGUACUCCUUCAAAUCCACCUAUGGGUGUUCAUCCUCUGCCUGUAAGGCCAUCAUUAUAUCCAAGAAUGGGCAGGCAGAACAGUCAAACAGACAGUAUAGGCCCUAUGGACCCUCGUUUCUCAAGGCAGAAUAGCUCAAGUGGUGUCUCCAGACCAGAUGAUCCUAGAAUGAAAAGACAAAUCUCAGAACAACCCUCAGAUCAAAGGUCCCCUGGGCUUUUGCCUACACCUCUUUUACCACCCAUGCCAGCAGCUAUUGCCAAUGAUCCAAGGCAAAACAGUGACCCAAGAAAAUUUGGAAGACAGAACUCUACUCCAGAUCCAAAUAGUGCUGUGUUACCUGAUUUAAGUCUCAAACCUCUCGGUGAACCAUUAAUAAAUCCUAAAACUGAUCUGUUACUAGAUGAUGAAAGUCUCCAAAAAAUGGAGGGGCAGCUAAAUCAGUCAUCAGUUGAUUCAGAAAAGGGAAAUGGAGAAACAGCUGACAAACCAAAACUCGACUACCGCAAUGAUCCACGAUUCAAGAGAAAGCCAGCCAGUAAGCGUAAAGGAAGCAUGGAAUAUGCUUCCCCUCUGGAUCGCGAAGAAUCGGGUCAGGAAAAUGUGUCAAGUUACAACAGCUACAAUCGUCCUCUUCCAAAUAACCCCCCAAAAAGUGAUCCUAGAAUGAACAAAAGUGAUCCCAGAACAGUAGCCAAACAAGAACCGAAAGUGCCCCAGGAAAAUGUGGGUUUGGCACCAUCUGGUGAUGAGGAGGCAGGGGGCUUAACUCCCCCUGGUCCAGAUUUGGCAUUUGCAUCAGAGACAGAAAUUAAUACUAAGGAUUUUUUCAAAACAAUAGAUCCUACUGCAUCACCAUUUUGUUAGGGAAUCCCCAUUUAAUGAAGUAAUAUAAUUAGCAAGCAGUUAAUAAGUUCUAUGAAUUCAUGAAUUUUUGUAAUACAAUCUGUAUGAGAAUGAAUGGAUAUACAUGUAUAAUGCUGUAUGUGACUGAUGUCAUGAUUAUAUGGAAAUUUUGGGCUAUGAAUUGCUGAGAAUGAUUAUUCUAGUUGCCAAAUUGUCUACUUACUGACACGUUUGUUAUGGUUGUUUCCUUUGACAGCCGUUGUUAUAUUGUUGAUUGUGAAAUAGUUGUUGACCUAUGGAUUUAUAUCGUCAUAGUUGAUGUGUUCAGUUUGCAAUAUAAGCCAUUCAUUUUCACCAAAUUUCUUAGAACAAAUAGGCUUUAGAUACUGUUUAUGUACGUGUACAUUUUUGCAUUUAUUAUCUGUUCAAGUGGAUUUUUGAAAUUAUGAUGCCCCAAUAUUUACAGGAUAUAGUUUUUAAGAUCAAAAUAUUUUUUGUGUUGUUGGAAUACAAAUGGACAGUCACAAUUAUUUCAAUUUGGAAUAUCAUGUGUAGGAAAGAAUUUCUGACAGUGUAACCAUGAAGAACUUUUUAAAAUUGAUUUAAGUGCUGUAUAUGAAAUUAAAAAAUAUCCACAUUCAAUAUUUUAAAAUUGAAUGAAAUGAUGCCUAAAUGAAUUCUUUGUGGUAAUUGUCAGAAUUAUUUUGAUGAUAUUUUUUUCUACGUGUAUAGUACAGAAAUUUUAACCUAGGUUGUUUUGUGAAUAUACCUGUAAGAUGUUCCAAUCAUGUUUUCAUGUCAUAAUUUUGUAUGUGUGUAUGAAAUGUGUGGUAGUGCUCAAGUAAUUGGGUUAUGUAUGAACAAUUGUAAUACAGAACUUUUCUGUGAUGUUGUAUAUUGUAUUCCACCCUACAAAGUAAAAAUUGAACUUAAAAA